UUCAUAAAAAAUAAUAAUAAGAAAAAGAUAUUGAAGGAAGAAAAGCGACCAAAUAUCCCUUUCUCUCUUCAUCUCUCUUCCUCACGCUCCGCCGUCGGUCCUCUCGAUCGGCACCGUUACUCGUCGUGUCGCUCCCCGGUUGUUGCCUCCAAGAAAAAUGAACGGGAAGGAUUUCCGAUUGGCUUUACUGGGUCAGGAUUUCGUUUGAUUUUUUGAUCCCUUUUUUCCGCGAGAGAUUCCGUCGGUUUCUUCUUUCGCGCGAGCGGAAAAAAGCUCAGAGCUUGCUUUAGGGUUGCUGGGGGUGGGAAAUCAUCAUGGAGCCUCGCGUUGGUAACAGGUUUCGUCUCGGUCGGAAGAUCGGCAGCGGAUCGUUUGGAGAGAUCUAUCUCGGUACUAAUGUUCAAACAAACGAGGAGGUUGGAAUUAAGCUCGAAAAUGUGAAGACAAAGCAUCCUCAGCUGCUGUAUGAAUCAAAGUUGUACAAAAUACUUCAAGGAGGAACUGGAAUUCCAAAUGUCAAAUGGUUUGGAGUGGAAGGAGAGUACAAUGUUCUUGUGAUGGAUUUGCUGGGACCCAGUCUUGAAGAUCUAUUCAACUUUUGCAGUAGGAAACUGUCUCUCAAGACUGUUCUCAUGCUCGCAGACCAAAUGAUUAAUCGAGUUGAAUUUGUCCACUCCAAAUCGUUCCUACAUCGGGAUCUCAAACCUGACAACUUUCUCAUGGGUUUAGGGAGGCGUGCCAAUCAGGUCUACAUUAUUGAUUUUGGGCUAGCUAAAAAAUAUCGUGACACCUCGACUCAUCAACACAUUCCUUACAGGGAGAACAAGAAUUUGACAGGAACUGCAAGAUAUGCUAGCAUGAAUACUCAUCUUGGGAUUGAACAAAGCCGCAGGGAUGAUCUGGAAUCGCUUGGAUAUGUUCUUAUGUAUUUUCUCAGAGGAAGUCUUCCUUGGCAGGGACUAAGAGCUGGAACUAAAAAGCAGAAGUACGAGAAGAUCAGUGAAAAAAAGGUGUCAACUUCUAUUGAGGCUCUAUGUCGAGGUUACCCUACCGAAUUUGCAUCCUAUUUUCAUUAUUGCCGGUCAUUGCGCUUUGACGACAAGCCAGAUUAUGCAUACCUGAAAAGACUAUUCCGUGAUCUUUUCAUUCGUGAAGGUUUGAUUCGUGAUAUACUAUGCUCAUUUGACUUAUUCAUUCUUGUUAGCCGUGCGGAAUCUUUUAACAAGAAUCAUGGACUUACUUAUUCCAAUCCAGGGUUCCAGUUUGACUAUGUUUUUGACUGGACUAUAUUGAAAUAUCAACAGUCACAGAUUGCUAAUCCUCCUACUCGCGCAGUUGGCCCCACUGCUGGACCUAGUGCUGGAAUGCCACCUACUGGUGCAAAUGCUGAUAGACAACAAGGUGGGGGUGGAGAAGAAAGUAAACCUGGCUGGUCUUCAAGCGAUCCUCGAAGGAGAACUUCCGGACCGAUUCUAAGCUCUGCAACUUUAUCCAAGCUAAAGAGCCCUCUCGUCAAUGAUGCCAAAGAUGCUCCGUUAUCUGGCUCUAACCAUAUGCGAACUAGCUCCUCUACUAGAAGACCUGCAAUAUCAAGCACUCAUGACUCUACACAAGCUGUACCUUCCACAGCAAGAAACAGCAACUCGAACAGUAAGAACUUGGAAUCCACUCUUAGAGGCAUCGAGAGCCUCCGGUUCAAUAACGAUGAGAGACUGCUUCACUAGGCCAAGAGAAAAAAGCCGAUCUCAAUCCCGAGAAAAUGCUUUGCCCUUCGCUGUAAAGCUGAGAUCUUUAUACUCCUGGUGAAUUGGACAUGGAAUGGUCGAACUCCCUUGGCCGCGGUCGUUAUAUUGUCGCUUGGUUGCUGCUAACCUUGUGCAAACAGAUUAUGGUAUCUAAUUCCGUCGAUCGGUUUUUACUCUUCGAGUGGAAUCUAGGGAUCAAUGAUGGACCAUCUGAUGGAGCUCAUGAAUUCUUGUAUAGCAGUUAAUCUUUUCUAGAGUACCUUUUAUAGUUUUCAGAUCCAUAAAAUGCGACCAAAAGAAAGAGCCAAGACUAUUAUUGCUGCUGCCGAUGUACAUCCUCUUAAGUUUGAACUGUACUCUACUGCUCAGGUGAUCUCAACCUUCCUUUUCUCAAGGAGACCAGUGAAUCUGACUUUUUUUUAUGAUUCAGAAUGUGGCUGAAGUGCUUUCUUACUUCACAUCUUAAUGAGAAGCAAGUUUGGUUUUAAUUGCUGUUUAUCUU